GAGACGCAGCAGAUCCCCACGGAGGAGGUGCUGCUGGAGGUGCUGCUCUCCAACGGGCAGAAGGUCAAGGUCACCAUCCUGACGUCGGACCAGACAGAGGAUGUCCUCGAGGCUGUGGCCUCCAAGCUGGAUCUGCCAGAUGACCUGGUUGGCUACUUCAGCCUCUUCCUAGUGAGGGAGACCAAGGAUGGAGCUUUCUCCUUUGUGAGGAAGCUGCAGGAGUUUGAGCUGCCCUACGUGUCAGUGACCAGCCUGCACAACCCCGAGUUCCAGAUCAUCCUGCGCAAGAGCUACUGGGACUCGGCCUAUGACGACGAUGUGAUGGAGCACCGUGUGGGGCUGAACUUGCUGUAUGCACAGACGGUGUCAGACAUCGAACACGGGUGGAUCCUUGUCAACAAGGAGCAGCACCGGCAGCUGAAGUCCCUGCAGGAGAAGGUCUCCAAGAAGGAGUUCAUCCGCCUGGCGCAGACCCUCAAGUACUACGGCUAUCUCAAGUUCGACCCCUGUGUCACGGAUUUCCCCGAGAAGGGCUGCCACGUCGUGGUCAGCGCCGGCAACAACGAGCUCAACUUCCAGGUGCGGCUGCCCAACGAGCAGAUCAAGGAGGGCAGCUUCAAGGUCACUCGCAUGCGGUGCUGGCGGGUCACAUCCUCGGUGCCUAUGAACAAUGGCCCUUCGGGGAGCAGCCCAGGGAAGUCCGAGGUGAAGCUGGAGCUGGCUUUUGAGUACCUGAUGAGCAAGGACCGGCUGCAGUGGGUCACCAUCACCAGCCCACAGGCCAUCAUGCUGAGUAUCUGCUUGCAGUCCAUGGUGGAUGAGCUGAUGGUGAAAAAAUCUGGAGGCAGCAUCCGCAAG